AUAAGACCCGAAAAUUCUCAUUCAUCUGCAUCCUCUUUCUCUUAUAGAACUCUCACCCCUACUCAUAGAGACCGCUGCCCAUUGCUCUCGCCAUGCCGCUCAAGAGCCUCUUCAGCAAGUCGCCGGAAACCUCGACCCUCGACCCUACCUCCCACGCCGACGUCGGGGGCGGUAUCUACCCCGAAGAGCAAAUUCAUCGUUCCAUCACCCACGAAGAUGCUCACGACUCGCCCACCAUCUUUGGUGAAAAGUCGCCGGGUGUGAGGAGGAUUGAGAUCAUCACGUCGUGCUUUACCAGCUGGCACAAGUACAUCUUGUUCGUGGGAGUCUUCUUAACGGCUUACGCAUACGGACUCGACCUCACACUCAGAAGCACCUACCAGAACUAUGCCCUCGCCAGUCUCGGUACUUCCGCCCAAGUCUCCACCGUCACCGUCGUUCGCUCUAUUGUUGCUGCUGCCGUCCAGCCCGUCUACGCCAAGAUCAGUGACUACUUUGGCCGAGUCAGUAUCCUAUUCAUCAGCGUCAUCUUCUAUCUCGUCGGAACCAUCGUAACAGCCACAGCAUCCAACCUCGCGGCAUACUGUGGCGGCUCCGUGCUCUACCAAUUCGGCUACACCGGCGUCCAGCUGCUCGUCGAAGUCAUCAUCGCCGACAUCACCUCCCUCCGCUCCCGUCUCAUCUUCUCCUACAUCCCCGCCACGCCCUUCCUUAUCAACGCCUGGAUCUCUGGCAACGUCGCUUCCGCCGUGCUGGGCCGUACUACCUGGGGCUGGGGUAUCGGCAUGUGGGCCAUCAUCUUCCCCGUCACUAUCCUGCCCCUUCUCUUCUCCCUUAUCGCUGCUGAAUGGCGUGCCAAGCGUAAAGGUCUCUUGCGCAAUAUCCCCUCUCCCUUCCGUACUCUCAUGAAGCCCCAGACAUGGUCCGACAUUUUCUGGCAGAUUGAUAUUCUUGGCCUCUUCCUCCUCGCUGCCGUGCUCGCCCUCAUCCUGCUCCCCUUCACCCUCGCCGGAGGUACUUCCAAUCUCUGGCGAACCGCGCGAGUCAUUGCGCCGCUCGUUGUCGGGUUCGUCGUCGCUCUUCCCGCUUUCGUACUUUGGGAGCUCAAGGGCGCAAGACAUCCCUUGCUGCCUUUCGACAUUUUAAAAGACAGGCAAGUCAUCUGUGCAUUGUUGAUCGCCAUGCUCCUCAACACUGCUUGGUAUACCCAAGGCGACUAUCUCUACUACACCCUGAUCCUCGCAUUCGACCGUGAUAUCAUCUCGGCAACCCGAGUCACCAGCAUCUACUCUUUCGUAUCCGUCGUCAUCGGCGUCUGCCUCGGGUUCGUCGUACGCUACGUCCGCCGCCUCAAAUGGUUCAUCGUCGCCGGUACCCUCCUCUUCGUAAUCGCUUUCGGCCUCUUGAUCCGUUACCGCGGCGGAUACAGUCCCGCCGACUUUGCCGGUCUUGUAGCUGCCGAAGUCAUCCUCGGUAUCGCCGGCGGCCUGUUCCCCUACCCAACCCAAGUCCUGAUCCAAAGCGCCGUCUCCCACGAACGCACCGCCACCGUAACCUCCCUCUACCUCGCCUCCUACUCUGUCGGCUCCGCCCUCGGCAACACCAUCGCCGGCGCCAUCUGGACCAACACCAUGCCCUCCCACCUCCUCAACGCCCUCAACCGCUACUCCGUUUCGGACGCCUCCACCCUCGCUGCUUCGGCUUUCGCCGACCCCGUUACGAUCACGACCAACUACCCGCCGGGAACGCCGGUGAGAGAGGCGGUGGGAGAGGCGUAUAGGGAGGUGCAGCGGUAUUUGACGAUUACGGGGAUUUGCUUGAGUACGGUCAUUGUGGGGAUUGCGUUGUUGUUGAGGAACCCGAGGUUGGGCGACUUGCAGAGUUUGCCAGAGGAGGAGCGAGAGGGUGAUAAGGGGGUGGAGACGGGGAGAGGGGCGGGGUACGGCGGAGAGAAGGCGGGAGUGAGUAGGAGUGAGAAGACUGGAGAGUCGCAGUAG